AGGACUUCCGGAGCAGAGCGGAAGAAGAAGGCGGCAACGGUUUGAAAGAUGGCGGCGCACACGCAGAAGAACAGCAACAAACCAGGGAAACCUGGAGGAAAAGAGGCUCAGCCGCUCAUAAUCGCCAAGACUCCGGCGGAGGAGCAGCGUCUGAGGCUGGAAAGGUUGAUGCGGAACCCGGAUAAGAUGGCUCCCAUCCCGGACCGGCCGAAGGAGUGGAACCCGCGGGCUCCUCCGGAGUUCGUCCGGGACGUGAUGGGCUCCAGCGCCGGGGCGGGCAGCGGAGAGUUCCACGUUUACCGGCACCUCCGCCGCAGGGAGUACCAGAGGCAGGACUUUCUGGACAAAAUGGCAGAGAAGCAGGACAAAGACCUGGACUAUCUGGACAAAGUGGAGCAGAACAAACAGAAGGCGGAGGAGAGGACGGCGAAGCGCAGGAAGAAGCGGGACAAGCUGAAGCAGAAGAAGCUGCAGGCCAAGAAAGCGAAGCUGGAGGCCAAAAACAAGGAGGACGACGGAGGGAAGAGUUCAGAGAGCAGCGAGGAGGAGAAGGAGGAAGAGGAAGAGGAGAGAGAGGCUGAGGAUGAUGCCGAGGCGCCCAGCUUCAUCAUGGGGAGGAAAUGAAGCUCUGAGUGUUUGGACCUGUUCCUGUGUUUCCUGCUCCUUCUUAAUGGACAUCAGCAUCACAUGGAAGCUUAAAGUAGAGUCCUGUACACAAGAAAACAGAAGUGAUCUGCUGCAUGGAUUAAAAAUACUUUAUCUUUAUUACCAGAGAAGAAACGUGGACUUUGAUUUAAUAGGCAGGAAAAUCCAUCAAGUGCUUUGUUUUUUACACAUUUCAGCUUCCCAGUGUGAUUCUUCUUUAUGUUUUCCCAAAUUGAACAUAGAAAUGAUUGUUGAAGGCAGAUCAGGGAUAUCUUGAGUUUGCUACAACAAAAAAAUAGACAAAAGUAAAAAUGAUUUGAUUGGAAAUGGUCUAUAUAUUUUUAGUAUUGUCAGUGUUUUAAUAAAAAGUAUUUACAACA